AUGAAUCUAAGUAACUUUGUUGUGUACAUCACUAGCCUGCUGUGGCUUAACCUCACUGACGCUAAAAUCGGAUAUUUUUGGCACAUCACAGAUCUUCAUUAUGAUCCAUUUCAUAACUCCCAGGAGCUACAUAAAGGGUGCAGGCAUAACCGCGGCAGCAACGAACACAGUCACCGGAACGGUCGACAUCGUGACCACACAUGCGACAGUUCAUGGCCCCUGAUACAGAGCGCAGCCGCUCUAAUGGCAGAGCGGCACCCUGACACGCUGGAGUUCGUCCUAUGGACCGGAGAUAUACUAUCCUCGUCUAUGGAACAUCUAAGCGAAGAAGUAAAGCUGGAGGCGGUAAAAAACGUGACAGAAUUACUGAGCAGGACAUUUAGCAGUCAAUUUGUUUUCCCCGCUUUGGGGCACAAUGACCCGCCACCUUCCAAAAAGCUAGUUGAAAUGUGGAUGCAGUGGUUACCCACAGAAGCAUUGCAGACUUUUGAAACUGGUGGAUAUUACACAAUAGAACAAUCUCAUAGUAGGUUGAGAAUAGUUGUGCUCAACAGCGUACUAUGGGCUGGUGGUGCGGCCAGAACUGACGGCCCUCAUAGGGGAAGAGCCCAGUGGGAAUGGCUGGAACAGGUGCUCAGUAAAGCUAGAAGAAGAAAUGAAAUGGUUUAUUUAGUUGCUCAUGCGGGCCCAGGCGUGGAAGAACGGCACAACGCCGGUAGCUCUUCUGCGGCGGGUGGAGGGGAGCUCACCCCCACGGCCAACGGACGGCUGGUGCACGUUAUUAGAGCAUUCAGCGAUGUGAUUGCUGGCCAGUUCUACGGACAUCGACACGCUGAUACUUUCAGACUUAUUUAUAGUGAAGGACGACCUGUUUCAUGGGCGCUAUUGGCUCCAUCAGUGACGCCGAGAGGUGCAGGCAGUACAUCUAAUCCAGGGCUGAGGCUUUAUAAGUUUGACUCAAAUAAUGGCAAGGUUUUGGAUUAUACACAGUAUUACUUAGAUGUAACAAAUAACAGAGGAGAGACUCAUUGGUCGAUAGAGUACAAUCUCACUCAAUAUUAUGGAUUGAGAGAAGUAAGUGCAGUAUCUCUGGAUGCUCUGGCUGAGAGAUUAAGAAAUCACAAUGACCGCGGUACUUUUGCGAGGUAUUUAAAUGCAUUGCGUGUUCGACACGCAGCGGAAGUAUCAGAGUGUGAUACGGCUUGUGUGCACGUUCAUUUUUGUGCGAUAACACGCGCAGACUACCAUGAGUUUCGGUCAUGCGUCCGCAAUCCAGCAUCAGCGCUAGCAUCUCGAGCUUCUAACAAUACAGCUGCCAUCUUACUGUAUGCCAUCUUGAUUUUAGUGACACCUUGA